AUGCGGGCCGACGGUGCGGGCGUGCCUGGCGCCGCGGAGCCCUAUGCGCCGCGCUCUGUCGCAUACUGGGCGCCUCGUAAGUACUUGGAUCCGCCUGCCGUGCCGCCGCUUGACGUACGUGCGCGCGAAGAAGAGGCCGCUAUGGCGACGGCCCUGGCGGCCGGCAUUGACGGGCGACGGGUGCGGCGGACCUUGUAUCGGCGCACUGUGGACUACUGGGGCAGCGUGCCUACCUGGCUGCGCCACCAGUCGCUGCAUGGUCCCGUACAGCACGACUGGUUCCUGCGGCCCACGCCCCACCAGGUGAUCGAUCUGCUGUCGCCGGUGGCGUACACCGAGUCGGCCUCGUCCGUCGGCCGCGUGCUUGUACAUACGUCGACAAACAAGGUGCGGUGCCCUGUGAACGUUGUGCGGUGGCUCCCUGAGGGCCGGCGCAUCGUGACCGGCUCGACGAGUGGCGAGUUCACGCUGUGGAAUGGACUCACGUUCCACUUUGAGUCGAUUCUGCAGGCGCACGACUCGGCGGUGCGGGCCAUGACCUGGACGCACUCGGGCUCAUGGCUCGUGUCUGCAGACCAAAACGGGCACAUCAAGUACUUCCAGCACAAUAUGAACAAUGUCCAGGCAUUCGCCGGCCACCGCGACGCGAUUCGCGGCAUCAGCUUUGCUCCCGACGACCAGCGGUUCGUCACCGUGGCCGACGACAGCACGCUCAAGAUAUGGGGCUUUGACGAAGCGCAGGAAGAGUCCACGCUCAAGGGCCACGGCUGGGAGGUCAAGUGCGUCGACUGGCACCCGCAGCAGGCCCUGCUGGUGUCGGGCAGCAAGGACAAUCUCGUCAAGUUCUGGGACCCCCGCUCCGGCACCGAGCUCGGCACAUUCCACGGACACAAGAAUACAGUGCAGGCCGUCCAGUGGAACCCCGCCGGCCACCUCGUCGCCACUGCGUCGCGCGAUCAGUCUAUCAAGCUGUACGAUAUCCGCGCGAUGCAGGAGCUCUGCACGCUCAAGGGCCACACCAAGGAAGUGUGCAGCCUCGAGUGGCACCCCGUACACAGCGACCUGCUCGUCUCAGGCGGCUCGGAAGGCUCCAUCCUGUACUGGUCGCUGCGCGCGCCCCAGGUCGAAGUGCCGAUCCACACCAUCGAGGACGCACACGAGUCGAACGUGUGGAGCCUGCAGUGGCACCCCCUCGGCCACCUGCUCGCGAGCGGCAGCAACGACCAUACCACCCGCUUCUGGAGCCGUGGGCGUCCCGGCGAGCAGGUCGAGGCGAGCCAGGACGCCGUAAGUGGCGCGCCCGACCCGUGGGGCGACCCCGCCGACGACCAAGGCGCGAUGGACGACGCGAUCCCCGGCCUCGAGGGCGCAUGGUCGCCCCGCGCGCCUCCGCCCGCGCUGCCCCGCGCGAGCCGCCGCACCGAGCGCUGGCGCACGCGGCCGCCCGCGUGGGCCUAG